AUGCCGCACAUGCGAGCGGACCCGCUCUCCAAGAGACCGUACACGUACCCUUCUGAGCCACUCCGUCCCUACUUUCGAACGCCCUUCGCCCCCAACUACCACCAGCCAUGCCCAGCGAUGUUCCCCGCAAACUUCCCUAGCGGUGGCACGUCUUAUGUCUUGGUACUGUCCUGCCUACUUGUUUCUCGUCAUUUUGAGCCGCCAACGCUAGACGUCGUGAAUCGGGUCGUCCCCCGUUGUCCAGAGACAAGCCCCACGGUCUGCCACAAACACAAACAAGCGCUAUCUCCCUCAGACUGGAUGGGCCCCAGCAGCACCAGCUUAGAACUGGCAAGUAGGAACACGCAGCAACAACUGACAAAGAGGCCAAGGGGACCAAGGGGCACUCUGGGUUCCCGGAAAGCUGGGAACCGUGCCGGAGGAGCACUGACCAAGCGGAAACUUUGGCCCAAUGCCCAACACAGCGUAGCACUUGGCCCGCAGGCCUUCAACACUGUACCCUCUUUUCGCCCUUUUGCUACACUACACAUGGUGCCCAAGGCAGAGCUCCUGAAGGGGGCAGCCCUGGAUAGGUGUCACGGUCUCCGAGGCUUGUUUCGUUUCGUUGAGGCGGACUACGCAAAGCAAGGCAAGUGGCAGUGGAAGAUCUGCUCAUAUCUUCCAUCGUACCCAGGCUGGUCCAUCCCUUCGACGUUUCGCGAUCCACUCUACUACUUGGCCCAUAUCAACCACUUCAACGUCUUCUGA